CCUCACCAUCACAACCCAAAGCCUACACUAAAAUUUCCUCAUAACAUUUUCCUCUACCAAAGUCCGAAUGAUGGCAGAAGAAACAGAUCUUGCUAUUCCUCUCAUACCUGAUCUCUACAAACCACCUGCUCUUCUUCCUAUUGCCCAACUCAAAGAUCAACUACUCUAUACAAUAGAAACCCACGCUGUGACUAUCGUUGUGGGUGAGACUGGUAGCGGAAAAACCACUCAGAUCCCUAAGUUUUUGCUCUCGGCGGGAUGGUGCGCGGAUGGGAAGCAAAUAGCUGUCACGCAGCCUCGAAGGAUAGCGGUGACUAGUGUCGCGGCCCGUGUUGCGGAAGAGCUGGGGACGCCUUUGGGUCAGACGGUUGGGUAUUCGAUAAGAUUCGAGGAUGUGACGAGCGCGAACACGCAGAUCAAGUUUAUCACAGAUGGGUUGAUUCUACGCGAAAUGCUCGUUGAUCCGUUGCUGAACCGAUAUUCUGUCAUAAUGGUCGAUGAGGCUCACGAAAGGAGUCUUUCGAGCGACGUCCUACUCAGUCUGUUGAAAAAGGUAUUGAGGAAGAGAAAUGAUUUGAGAGUUGUGGUCAGUUCGGCCACGUUAGAAGCUGAGCGUUUUUUGAAUUUUUUCAGCCCCGACAAUGAAGAGAAGAUACACGGUAAAAGCAGGGACGACUACGGACGUAUCGUCAGCAUCGAAGGACGGACGCAUCCCGUUGAGAUUCAGUACCUGGUUGAGCCGAUUCACAACUACGUCGAAGCCGCCGUCGAUGCAGUAAUGAAUAUACACGACAAAGAGUCCACUGGCGACAUCCUCGUUUUCUUCACCGGCCGCGAGGAAAUUGACGACGCGAUAGAGAUGAUCGGUGACCGCAUCGCUGAUCUCCCUUCCACAGCCCAAAAACUCCAACCUCUACCUCUCUAUGCUGGAUUACCAACAGAAGACCAAAUGUUUGUGUUCCAAAAGCCACCGCCAAAUACGCGAAAAGUAAUCCUCAGUACCAACAUCGCCGAAGCAAGUGUAACAAUCGAUGGCAUCGUUUUUGUUAUCGACAGUGGUUAUGUAAAGCUGCGAAACUACGAUGCGCGUCUUGGAAUCGAGAACUUGAACGUCGUGCCUGUCUCCAAAGCGAGCGCAACUCAACGCGCUGGCCGCGCCGGCCGCACAAGACCAGGGAAAUGCUUUAGAAUGUACACGGAAUCUGCAUUCAGCCAACUCGAGGGCGCUACGUUCCCCGAGAUUCAGCGCUCGAAUCUUGCCCCUGUCAUUCUCCAACUACUGAAUCUGGGUAUAACAAAUGUAGUUCGUUUCGACUACCUGUCUCCACCACCCUCCUCCCUUGUCACACGCGCCCUCGACUUGCUAUAUUCCCUCGGUGCACUCGAUACCAACGCGCGUCUCACAAAACCAAUGGGAACACGCAUGGCAGAACUGCCUUUAGAACCUAUGCUCGCAAAAGCCCUGCUCAACGCCGCGUCCCCUGAAUUUGGCUGCGUGAGCGAAAUGCUAACAAUUGCCGCGAUGAUGACAUUGCAAGGCAAUGCGUUUGUGUCACACGACGGGGAGAAGAAAGCCCUCGAAAGAGCAAGACGAAGAUUCGCUGUCUCCGAGGGAGACCACUUGACGCUGUAUAAUGUCUACGAAGCGUUUGUGAAGAGUGGAAAGGAUGCGCAGUGGUGCCAUUCAAACUCCCUCAACCACAAAUCCCUCGUCAAAGCAGUAUCCGUGCGCAAACAGCUCGCCGCGUACUUAUCCCGUUUUAACGUCGUCGAAUCUACUUUAGCAUCCUCAGACGUGCUUCGCGUGAGCGGUACACCGCUGCCCGAACGCAUACGGCGGUGCCUCACAACAGGGUUCUUUGCGCAUGCGGCCAGGAUGAAAGCAGACGGGAGUUUUGCGACGGUGGAUGGGAAGACGACGCUGUGGGCGCAUCCGAGUAGUGUGUUCUUCCAUCGGAAGGCGGAUUGGGUCAUCUAUACGGAGAUCAUGGCUUCGAGGGAUAAGAUCUAUAUCCGUGAUUUGUCGACUGUGGAGAUGGAUUGGUUGACGGAGUGUGCGCCGGAGUACUAUAAGAUCAAAAACGGGAGGUAAACGAUGGACGAGUCGGCUCGAAAUGAUUGAAUAUGGGGCUAUGUAAGGGCUCGUAUAUCAUCAGUGGGAGGAUGAAGAUCUGGAGUUCAGAAGAGACGUGUAGUAAACUUGUUCUCGCUGCAAGGACUCAUCAAAAAAAUGUGAGUCCGAAGGAAGAAUCUACAUG